AUGCAGACAGUGAUGAGCACCUAUACCCAAACACAGGCUCGUCCCCCUCCAGCUGCACUAGGACGCAAAAAUUCGUUCUUCGGCGCCAUCAAGAAUAUUGUCACUGCCCCACUCUCAUGGUUUGGUGGCAGCGAAGAAGACUUUGGCGAUAGCGACGCCAGAGGAAAGCGAAGGCGGUUACCCAUUGCCUCUGAGCAAACUCGCGAUGACUCUGACUCUGACUCGGAACAACGGACCAAGAGAAUGAGAAUGGGCAGCCCCAACAGAGAUAAGCAACCAUACCUUGAUCCCCCCAGAUCAGCCUUCAUACAGCAUCAUAAGACAUCUGAAGGUGUACGCAUCCAAAAUCACCCCCUCCGUGUACCUGCUGCCACACCUCGCAAUAGACGCACGAUGUCCCCUUACCCAAGUGGAUCGCAGCUCAAGGCACAGCCGUCUGUGCGUUACUCCGGUUCGCCAGCCCGGUUGCAGCCAGUUCCCACUAUGCAAGAUCUCACCGAGGAGAAAGAUGCCAUGUCCAUCAGCAGGGAACCGUCCAUGUCAAACCUUCGUAUGCGUACGUCUGUUACACCCCAGCCCUCAGGUUCCGAUUUCGGCCCCGUCAUUCCCCCUCGCCGGGAGCGCGAUCCAACUGAACCGCCACCACUUACGACAUUGAUGUCAAACCCCAUGUUUGUCAAGCCCCCGUCUGGCUUGCAGAAGCUCACAACUGCGGAAAUGACCAGACAAGCAACUCUUGGCUCAUUAAUAGACUCUCAGCGUAAGCAAACCCGCUCACCUGUCCGACGGGGGUCUGUUCUGUUUGGCACAGGAUCCAUGACAGAUAUAUCCGCUCCCCAUCUUUGGCCGAUCAAUCCCGCCGAGAAGGCCCUGCAUGAGCUUGAGGUAUACAAAACUCCCCUUCUUCCCUCGCGCCUUAAGGGUGCACCGAUCCCGGAUACGUUUAUAUCCAAGAAGAGCCGCCCUAUCACUCUCAUGCAUGACCGGGACCGAGAGCGUAAGAAGGGGAAAGGCAAGAACAAGAUGAAGGAUCGAGAUGGUGUCAAUGGGACAAAGCCAUAUGCGGGCGAGGGUGGCAUGAAAAAGUGGCUGGCAAGGAGAAAGCGGGAAGAGGAGGCGGUGCGAGCGUAUGAGGAGGCUGAUCGAGAGAAGGAGAAAGAGCGGACGAUGGAGGAGGACGAAAGCGCUGAAGCUGAGGCUGAGAGAUUAAACGAACAACAAAAGAAAGCACAGGAGGAAGAGGCACAACUCAAGAAACAGAUGGAGGUUGCGGUAGUUCCGAAGGCGCCUGCAUUCGAGCCGAAACUCAAUGCUACAAGGGAAAUGUCGUCUCUCCGCGUUGGACGCUCGCGGAUGCGCAAUCACAUUGAGCGCCCGACAACAAAGCGCACAAAUAAGUUCUCUGCGGCGUUUGAAGAUGACGAUGAUGUUAUGGAUGAUGAAAGAGCUGCACUUGAGGAGGCUGCAAAGAAAGUACCCGUGUUCGAAAUCCCUGCUGGGUUCACGUUUGCGAAAGAGACGUCCAUAUCUCAUGAUGCCACAGGUGCAAAAGAACCUCCCAUCAGCGCGCUUCCGUUUUCAUUGUCUAAACCGACUGCACCUGCAGCUAAGCCGGUCCCAGCACCCGAGCCCUCUGUAACCCCCGCUCCAGCACCGCCCAAAACAGAGGCGCCUGCCCUUCCCACAAGUGCCUCUAGUCCGUUGGCCGUCACUACUCACUUGGGAUCUUUUGGCGCACCCCCUCCUGCUCCAAAGGUCACUGAGGCGUCUAAUUCCUUGUUUGGUACACCUGUGAUUACUCCUCAAAUAUCUGCCACACCAUCCUCUGCGCCUGCUACGACUUCUAUUACUUUAAUUUUCGGCCCUUCUUCCACUAGCACUGGCACGUCAUUUGGUGUUCUAGCACCACCAAAAGCAGCGCCUGCAGCGAUAGAGUUGACGCAUCCAUAUGCCUCUACCCCUGCACCGUCCUCUUCGCCAUUUUUGUUUGGCGCUUCAACUGCACCUGCUGAAAUCGCCCCUGCCAAGGAAGUUACAAAGCCAGCGGAAGAAGCAAGCAAACCUCCGUCGCUCUUUGGAGCUACCCCACCUGCCGUUCCCUUCGGCUUUGGCACACCCGCCGUUUCUGCACCUGCAGCUGAGUCGUCCAAGCCUGGAUUCUCUUUUGGGGAACAUGCGCCGACGCCUGCGAUGACAGAGCCAUCGAAGAGUGCUUUCUCAUUCGGCGGGCCCGCAUCUUCUACUACCCCUGCGCCCGUACCUGCUCCUGCGAUAGAAACUCCCAAACCAUUUUUCGGGAAGCAAGAUACAACCUCGACGGCUGGAUUUCCGUUCGGCCCACGCCCCAGUACUGCGCCCGCAGAGGAGAAACCUGCCUCGGUGCUUCCGCCUUUCUCAUUUGCGUCUGCUUCGCCUGCCCCAGCUGAGAAGAAGCCAUUCACCUUUGGUACCCCUUCUCCUGCACCAGCUACUACUUCAGCCAAGCCAUUCAGCUUUGGGCAUGCCAAUGCGGGCAGCAAUGCCGCUGACACGAGCAAACCGUUCAAUUUUGGGCAGUCUGCUCCUGCUCCUGCACCCGUGCGUCCUGCCACGCCACCAAAAGCAGACCAGGAGAUUAGCAUGGAUGAGAGCCCAAGUCGUGACAUGAAUAUCAACGGGAAGGCACCAGAACGGCCAAUACUCGAUUUUUCUUCUUUCACUGGUGCCAGCAGCACCCCCGCAGGGAGCACCCUCUUCGCGCAGAGCCCUGCUACGGCAACAGGUCCUGGAUUCGGAUUUGGUACAGCUAGUGCCAAUCCAUUCUCGAAGCCAGAGGACAAGGAAAAGCCGGGGAUGGCGUUUGGCUCCGGGAACUUUGGCCAGCCUUCUAGUUCAGGCUUUGGAUUUGGGCAGGGCGCAACUGAAACACCUGCCCCAGCAUCUACAGCAGCAUCACCUAAUGUGGCGCCGACCCCAGGGUUUGGAUUCAACCAGACCGCAAGCAACGCAUUUGGGCAACAGCAAAGCACAUCAUCAGCACCAUCCAGUCCAUCGACAUUUAACUGCCCAGGGACGUCAUUCUCUUUUGGCACACCCGCGUCUACGCAGCCUGCUGCACCUUCGUUUGCGUUCGGGGGUAGUCAGCCUGCGUCCCCGGCUACCCCUUCUGGCGGGCUUCCACAGUCCUCAGGCGGUGCGUUUACAUUCGGUCAGUCGGGUGCAGCGCCAGCUGUAACGCCAAAUUCAUUUGCUCCUACUGCUGCUUCAUCUGGCGGAGGCGCUCUAUUUACCAUCGGUGCUGCUCCUCAGCCUGAUGGAAGACAAAUCAAGAAGCUCCCUCGUCGUGGAGUUGGGAGACGUUAG